AAAAAGCUCAAGAUAUAAAGACCUAUCUAGUAUUGAAAUGUAAAGAAAGAAUGCCUCAAGAAGUUCAGAUUAAAUUACUUUGGGAUAUUCAAAGUGAGGAUAGAAAUAUGCAAUCUGGAACAUUCAUCUUUAAAAAAAGAUCAAAUAAUUCUAUAUUAUUACUUGAUGCUUAUUAUAACUUGAAAGAAGCUAUUGAUAAAGCUAAAGAAGCCAGAGCAAAUAAAGCAUUAAUUAAAUGGAAAGUAUACUCUAGAUUAUACCAAAAUAUUAAAUCCUAG